AGGGUGUCGGGCGCCGAGCUCUUUCUGGGGAAGAAGCUUCUGUAAGGCUGGAAGGGACGGCGGGACGACCCAAGCAGGAACGGGCGUCCGGGUAUGCGGCAUAGGGCUGUGGAGGAGGCUGAGAGCAGGCUGGAGGAAAGGGGCAGGAAGGAGGAAAGCAGCCUUCCAGCUCUGCCCUUUAAAAUAUUUUUUAUCCAGUGUUAGAAGUAAGAGCAACAAUGGCUGAGAAUGGUGUGGAGCAGCAUCAGCUGCCACCAGUGAGUGAAGACUUAGUAAUGAACAGUGAAGAGAGAGGAGCAGAGACAAUGGCAGUGAACAAAGGAGUGGAAGGUGAUGCACAGUUGAAUUCCUCUAAAGAAAAUGGCACCAAAAAGAUUGUGCCUGGCAUAAUCUACCUUGGUCACAUUCCUCCUCGAUUCCGGCCUCGGCAUGUCCGUAACCUACUUAGUGUCUAUGGUGAGGUGGGACGUAUUUUUCUCCAGCCUGAAGAGCGAUUUAUACGAAAGAAAAAGAAGAAAACUGGUAGCAAUGCCAAGAACUUCACGGAAGGCUGGGUGGAGUUUCGGGAUAAGCGUGUGGCAAAGUUGGUAGCUGCCAGCUUGCACAAUACACCUAUGGGACUCCGCAAGAAGAAUCAGUUCCAUUAUGACCUUUGGAAUAUGAAGUAUCUACACCGCUUCAAAUGGACUCACCUGAGUGAACGACUAGCAUAUGAAUGGCAAGUGCGGCAGCAGCGUAUGCGUGCUGAAGUUUCACAGGCCAAACGUGAAACUAAUUUCUACCUUCAGAAUGUGGAAAAGAGCAAGCACUUUUCAGAGAAGGGCAGUCAGAGAGAACAGGAAGAAAAUUGCUGGGGCUUUGUUCAGCAUCAUACUGAGGAGGAAAUCCAGACUAGCAAAAAGAGCAAGCGCCUCAAACAGCAGCUGGUCCGGGCUGCUGAGAUCCAGCAGAAGUCCCAGUCAAACAGUUCUCUACUGACCAAGAUCUUCAAUGUUCAUCAGUAGUGGGGGCUCCAUGAAAUGCAGGACUCACUGUUAAUCCCGAUAUAGCUGUUGGCUGCUAGGUUUUUACAAGCCUAGCAGAUCAGUUGUAUCAGCUGUCCUAUGGGGAAAAACUUGCUCAUGCUGUGUCAGCAAAUGCUCAAUACAUUUUAUGGGUAUGUUGUGGAUGUACAACUUGCCUUUUUGCUGAGCAGAGCCUUUCUUUAGAAUGCUGUCCUAUUUUGCCUGACCAGCAUCAAGGUGUUCCUUUGUUGGGACUUGGUAAAAGUUAACUUUUUUGGUUCUCCCCUUAGGCACUGGGGUUGGGCUGAGCUCUCCCCUCUAACAUGCUCUGAAUCUGUGAAUAUAGUAGAAGAGGGUUCUGUGAUUAAUCAGGUAAACAGUGGGGAAGGAGAGCAGAACUUAGCUAGAAUCUAGUUGCUAAUAUGACUGAACCUUGAUCCCCGUUGAGAAAGCAAGGCGAAUAAAGGAAGCAGCCACACUCUCUUUUGCGGAGUUUGAUAUAGUCCAAAAGUCUUCAGACAUAUUUCAGUUCCUGUCUCCAUUUUCAGUAGUGAUCUAAGGUCACUGGAAAAUGUCAAGCAGAAAUUCUAGAUGCUGUGAGGAUAUGAAAGGAAAACAAUGUGUCAUUGAUUGUUUGAAAUGCCUUAGCUGGGACAGUAACCUUUAUGCAAGCCACAGCUGCAGGACCCCCUUCCCCCCUCAAAAAAAAAAAAAGCUUUCUCCAAACUACUGCACUGAACUGAGAUUGCAUGCCCUUCUAAGAUCAUAUCCCAAAUGUGUAUGUUUCUGACUGAAACUUUUCAUUGUACUCCAAAUUUAAAUAAAAAAUUAUUUUGA